GCCAACAGCUUCCGCGACCGCCCUGCCCUCCUCGACCAUCUCACGAGGCCCAUCCACCUCCUCACAAUGGCUCCACGCCCCUCCAUCACCGGCUUUGACCCCAAGAAGUUCGCCGCCGCCUCUGCCAACGGCACAAAGGGCGACCCAUGGGCGCGCUAUGAGCAAUGGCGAUACACGGGCCCCUUCACCCGCUUCAACCGCUUCAAGGGCUCCUUCCCCGGCCUCGGCAUAGCCACCGUUGCCUUUGCCGGCUACCUCGUGGCCGAGCAGCUCUUCUUCCAGGACAAGGGCCACCACGACGACCACGCAUAAGCCAUGCAGACACAAGAAAGAGUGCACAUUUCGGCGUACCGGUUGCUUCGGCCUUCGUUGCUGUGGGACUGUAGAUACCUUACCACACAGAACGAUGAAUCAGAAUCCACAUCAACAUGUCAGUGUCACUGCUGUGUUGUAGAUGGCGAGUGGCUCCAGAAACUGUUUGGGCAUGCGACAGCUCUGUAUCUGUGUGGUCCAGGACAAGAACUGUCUUGCUCGUUCGAUACCGAUACGAGCUGCCCGAAUCCUCUGGAGAAUUUUAUAUAUCAAAAUCUGGGGCUACCAACCUAUGCAAUUGAUAAGUGAAGAAUCUGCAUUCAUAUAUGUAAUCGGUAUCGCUUUGCCGGAUCAAUUAUCCCUGUCACGU